AGGUUCAAUGUCUGCAGCGAUCCACCGACAGUCUCAGUUCAGUGUGUGCACCUGAAGAGUCAGGUUCUAUUGCGGAUCACCAGCGAGGAACACCCCAAGCCCCCAAGAUACCAAGAACCCAAGCCGAGACAAGGAAGAGCGGAGGAACGGAAAUGGAAAUGGAUUAUCGGCUUCUACUGAAAAUUCUUAGCUUUCUGCUGCUGGCCCACUUGGGUUUCUCCCAGCCGCAGCAGUCUCACUCUGCAUCGGAGUACGGAGAGGAGCAGCCGCCCGAGGGCUACUACGCCUUCGUCGAGUCUCCCAAUGCUGUGCCCCCCAAGGUGCGUCCUCCUCCAUACACCUACGUCAAUGCGGACUGCAAGGAGGUGGCGGCCGGCAAGAAGUCCGCCGUUUCCGUCCACAACAUCUGCGGAGACCUGAACAAGGGUCAGAUACCCAAGAACCCGCUGGGUCAGAACGUGCUUGGAGAACCCUAUCCCUUCGAGCUCAUUCGCAACCAAACCCUGAAGUUUCUCUCAAAGACCCUCCCAGUUCUGAAGGCCGAUGACACUCUGCCAAAGGUCACCCAGAUCAUACGGGAUGAUCCCGUUGAGCAGCUGGACAGCAACAACAUCGAUCGCCCGUAUCCGUCGGGAGGAUCUACGCGAGUUCGCCGCAGCGUGCCCGAGGGAGUGGAGUCCAAUGAGUACAGCUACUUUGAUCCUGCUCUGGACGAGGAGGAUCCAUCUCAUCACAAGCAGAGGGAGCAACGUAGAGCUGCCGAGGAACGGAAGCCACGGAAGUUCUGCGAUGGCGGUGGAGUAUUCUGCACACUGUACCGGGCCAUCCAGGGAGACUCGUCCUCUGCGGCUGCUCCCACCGCUGAACGGCGAGAGGAGGUGGGACCCAUCCGGUACGAGGGUCCGCCAACGCCCUGUCCCGCCAAGGUGGAGUACGCCACCCCAGUGUUCGCCAAGAACUACCAAGGAGCCUGGCGCUACGUGGUCCAGAUUCCCUACGAAGGAUACUUUACGCAGACUGUGGAGGUUACACGCUGCAUCCAAGCCAGGUGCCACUAUCUGGAUGGCGGCUGUCUGUCCUCGCCACGCUGGGUCAGUCUGCUAGUGGCUGAGAUCUUCUACCCGAAUGCCGAGGAUACAGUGCCCUCCACCUCCACCACCACGCAGGCGCCAUCAGUGCAGGACUUCCAGGCCUACCAGCAGUACCUUCAGAAGCGGGCCGGAGUGGCCACUGCUUCCGAUGGCACCUCGACCGGCGCGUCUUCGCCACCCACGGAUGCUCACUGUGAUGGGCAUGACGAGCUGGGGUGCUUCCAGGUGCGCCUGUACUACGACUGGUUCCUAAUUCCCGGCUCCUGCAAGUGCUGGCGUCCGGACUACUUCGCCAAGUACGUGCGCCGCAAGUCGGUGGCCGAUUUGUAAGCGGACGGAGACUCCACAAUCUGCCGGACACUUAGCUUAAGUUUAUUCAAUAGUUUUAUGGUGAAGCGCUCAUUCUAGCGAUCCAUCGAUCCGGUGAUCCAGUGAGGCUUGGAUUGCGCAGAGUUUGCGGUUCAGGCGCAGAUAAACAAUACCAGAUACUUUUAACAGAUACAUUAUAUAAUCUAGGCAACUAGCCCCUUUUCUUGACUGACUAAGCCCAGCGCACGUUCUGCUAAUUAUAUAUUUU